UCAUCUCUUAUGUGGUGAUCUUCUCUUUAGCUUUGCCCUAAAGCAUGAGUCUGAAAGAGCAGGACCAGCUAGAAGAUCGCCAGGAGAGCUUCUCCUUCAGCACCUAUGACUUCUCGUCGUCCUCCUUCGGCGUCGUCCUGUCCGACGGCGAGGAUAGCGAUGAGUCGUACAUCGAGAUCGAGCUCGAGCGAUCCAAAUCUUACGGGACCGGCGGCAUCCAAUCCGACGACGAGGAUGGCGAGAUAGAGCUGCGCAUAUCGAUUUCGUCCCACCUCCCCUUUCCCCAGCUCGCGAUUCCGAGCUUCAGCCAAGCGGUGGAUGCCGCGGAGAGCGGAAGCAGCCGGUCAUCUCCGUCCACCACAUACACUUCGACUUCUUCAGUUUCAUCAAAAGCACCCGAUGACAACAAGAAGGCGACGGAAUCGAAGGAAAUUUUCGGCGGCCGGAGAGGCGCGGUGCAGUUUCCAGCCGUCAGCCGACUACUGAGUAUGCUCAUAUCGAGCUUGAAGGUUCCGCCGGAGAUUUGCCAAGAAAAAGAUGUUGCUUGCAGCAACGAAAAGCAAGACAAGAAGACUGAGACGCUGCGAUCGAGGAAGCCAUCAUCGAAGACGAGAACGACUACGAACGGAGGCAUCAUGAAGUUCUUCAUCAAGCUCCGAGCCAUGCAAGCGAAAGCCCUCUUGGCCCGGAUCAUGAAGACCCGCGACGCGGUCGCAGCCGAUCCCAAAGGCAAGAAGAGGACUUCGGGCAGGGAAAGGAAGCAAAAACUGGAGGAAACGCGCGAGUUUUACCAGAGGAUGUCAGCCAGCAAAUCCGCCAAGAGUUCGUCACCAUCGCCGUCGUCAUCAGCUGGGACAAACCAGUGUUACAACAAGAGCUCGUCCGUGAGGAUGAAUAACAACGGUGAUGAUGGGUUGUUCAUUCCGAAGAUGAGUGGCAAAAAGAGUGUCGCGGAGGCUUUGAACAGAGGUCGGAUCAAGAGAACGCCGUCCUCGUCGUCGUCGGUGAGUUGUCCAAGUUCCAUUAGGUGCUCUCCUCUUCAUGCCGGCGAGAACUCUAUUCAGGCGGCGAUUGUUCAUUGCAAGAACUCGUUUGCUCCGUUCCCUGGAUUUUACUUUUGAUCUUCACUGUAAGUUAGAUUCGCGAGAUGUAUUGGAAUUGUGUGGCAAUAGUAAUAGCGAGAGAGAUGGACUUUAUUUUUUUAUCUUCACUUCACUGUACACUGGAUUUUACUUUUGAUCUUCCCUUGGAGGAAUAUCUCCCUGAGCUAGAAGUUAUGGAUGCCAUUCAUAUGCAAACCUACUAGCAUAUAUAUUUUAUGUUUGCAGCCA